AUGCGCAUGGAGGACAGCCGCCUCCCCAAGCGCAUGCUGUUAGGAGCGAUGGCGGGGGGCGUGGGAUACCGGGGCGGGAAGGAGAGCGACUGGGUGUCUCGUCUACGAGAGGACCUCGUGGCCUUCAACAUGGGAGACGAAAAGGAAGGGGGGUAAAUGGGAAGAGAGCGCCAAGGACCCGGAGGUGUGGUACAACAAGGUCGAGGACGGGGCGGCAUGACUCAUGAGGAAAUGACACAGGCAG